ACUGUUUCAACUAUUGAGGUCCAGUUACCCAGCACCGAACUUAGUAGAGUUCCCAGUGAGAGCCAACCAAUACCAGCUCUCUGUCGCUCCAAUCUGGAUACCAGUACUCAAGAAGUUCUUAGCAGUGUUUUUUCCAUCUACAAGUCAGAGUUAUCAAAAGUGGAGAGUAAAUCCUUGGCCGUUGUCAGUUCAUCUGAUGAGUCCCUAGAGGCUUGUUGGUUUGUUGAUGGUGUCCUAUCAAAGCUCGAUGACUAUACUAUUUUCCAGUCACCCUCACCCAAUGAAGACUUGAGCGUGAGUACUCAAUAUUCUCAACUGAGCUCAGAAGAGAGUGUCAGAAUCACAGAAUCCUCUACUAGUCUGAUUCAGAGCAUUAAGAAGCUCUCUAGCAAUGACUUCCAGACUCAGGCAGAAGAAGCAGUGAGUAAAGUGCUGAUGAGAUCCAGUCAUUCCUUUAUCACACAGAUCAGCCAUACUGGUCUUCAGAAUUGUCUGCAGGCUGGCUUAUCAUCUAGCUCACCAUUGGAGAUCCAUGUCCUUUCAGAAUCCAUGUCCUCCAUGUCUUCUGAGAAUACAGCCUCUGGAUUAGUGGAAACCUUUGUCAAAGGAAUGGCCACUAUUUUCCAGAAAAAUGAGUCCACUGACACUGUGCUACUGGAAAGAAGUGGGAGAGUUUCGCAGUGCUCCCACGGGGGCUCCCAACUGGAUGAUACUGAAUUGAGUGUUAAAAUAUCAGAAGAGAAGCUUUGGUCAACAGCUAAGACCAUCUGCGUCAGUAUGAAGAACACACUUAAGGAUUUCUUCACAGGGCUGAAGCCAUCCGGAUCCGAAAGGACAGAAAAUGCUUCUUCCAAAGAGACCCUUGGGGAAAUCCUGGUUGCUAUCCAGAGUGAAAUCUCAAACUUAGGGCGAAUGAAGGAUUCCAGGGAGCUCCUUCAGAUCAAUGAGAUGUUAGGAACUAUGCUGAAGGAGGUUGAGAAAAGUGAGGAUGACAGUGAACACGUCUGCCAAGACAUCCCUAGAACCUGUUCAUCUUUGUCCACUUCUUUAAAUGGUCGUAGUUCCUUGUCCAGCUCUUCAAAAUGUCCUAGGUCAGAGUGUGAGUUAGAGAUCAAUCUCCCUGGCACUCCCAUCCCUGACCAAGUGCCUUUUGGUCUGACCUGCCCCAUCGUCAGGAGCUCCUGCAUCGACACCAGAGUCUCUAAAAUGCCAGAGAUUUCUUCAAGUGACCUAAAGACAAAGAUGAUGGCACACACAGAUGAACCCCUGCAUCGUAACAGUCCAAUGACUGACAGCAGUCGACCACCGAGUGCUAAAGCCUCUUUUCGAUCCUCCACUCCGUCUUUCACCAGCAAAGGAACCUCUUUGGUACCAAAGGGAAAUGGGAUUGACAUUGAAGAGAAGGAGGUGUGCAUCCCCAGCAGCUCUGUCCAUCUGAGGGAGCUCUUAAUCACCCCGGACAUCAGCAGUGCCACUGCAUUCCCACUGCAGUACUUGAUGGACUCCAGCAAAGAUGAUGGCAUCUGUUUUGUCACCAUACUGGUGAUAAGGUUGCUAUCGGAGAUCAGACCCUCAGCCCUAGAUGGACCCUCCCAACAGGCAGCAGAUCUGACAGAAACAUGUCAGCAACUCAUCAGACAAGUCCUGUCUGAGUUCUGUGCUGCAUCCAGAUUCUCCAGGACACAGGCAUAUUCCCAGAACCUGAACAUCCAAAGGGUGUUCAGAGGUGUACAUAAAAACCUCAUGGAGGAGUUUGGCUCUUAUAACACCCUGCAAGCAGCUAUUUCCUCCCAGGACCCUGCAUUUGACAGAGUCCUGGUAAAGUCCUUGACCCAGCAGCUGGUACAGGGAUGCAAGGAGGCGUCAAGACCAGCUUCUGCUGCAACAAACCCAUCAGACCAGGCUGAGACAGAGAGGGGGGCUGAGCAGAAAGCAAGAAGGAGCUUCCUUUGCUUUUCAAUGACCAAACUCGGGAUCAACUUCAAGCGUUCCAAGAGAGGAAACAAAAAGGACUGCCAUUCAGUCCAGGAACAGACUGAGAUUCCCUCUACUGAUGCACAUUGCAUAGCUCCAGUUGGAGAGGUUUCUCCCUCCAUAUCUCAGCUUGUCAAAAAACGAUCCUUGAUUGUCAGGGUCUUUUCAGCAAUGAUGAAGCCAUUCAGGCGCUUCACCAAGAAGAACCUGUAACCUGUUACGCUGCAUGAAGAACUACUUUUGUAACAGCAAGACUUUUGACAAGAGGAAUUUCUGCAUGUCUACCCUUUCAAAGUCUAUUUGAUCAAAUAAAUGCAAAUUAUUUUACAAGA